GUUUCAAUGUUUACACGUUCAACUUCCGAUUUACUGGAAGAAGAAUCUCUGAUAUAUUUACCUAUCGAAAUGACAUUAUUAUGAUUAUAGUGGUAGUGCAUGUUUAUUUAAAAUUGAAACAAUGUUUGAAGGAACACCCCGUCAAAACCAAAUGUCAGUGAUCUCGGGAUUUGAUGAAUACAGCAAUGGAAAAGAUUACAAGAAGAGGCAGUCAAUAAUUCGAGUUUGGAAGAGACUCUCAAGCUUACAAAGAAGUGUGAUAUGUUUUGUAUUAUUACUGGGAGGAAUCAGUGCAUUAUACUUAGUGACCUCAGUCCGGCAAUUGCACGGAGGAAGGUGGGGACAUGCUGGGCCCAGUGACCUGCGUGAUUUCCUGGACAGCGACGAGAGACAGAAAAUGGAACGUGAGAAACGAGAGUACAUUCAGCAGGUGAAACAAAAACUUGCUAAACAGCAAGUCGGUGAUAUCGUUAAAAAGAACGAAGAAAUGAUCAGGCGGGAGAGGAAAGGACCUCCAUCAGGGAUGAAGGCCGGUAAAGUAGACCAAGGACUGGAUAGAGAUCAACCUCCAGUGGAAGAUAAAGGACAACCAGUAAGGGACGAGAGAUUUCCCAAUGGGAACGAAGAUGAGGAUAAUGGAAAAGAUGACAGUGUUGAUGGAAAUCUUAAUUUACCUCCAAAAUCUGCAGGUGAUGAUCUCAUUGUGGAUCAGAUGAGCAAUGAGCCUUAUGACUACUUUAACGCAAAGAGAGAGUACACAGAACAACAAAAGGCAGUUCAAGAUGCUUUUAAAUUUGCGUGGAAGGAAUAUAAGAAGUAUGCAUGGGGCCAUGAUGAGUAUCACCCAAUCAGCAAGACCCACUCGGAGUGGUUUGGAGUGGGUCUAACCAUUGUAGAUUCCAUUGAUACUGCCAUCAUUAUGGGGCUCAAAGAUGAGUAUUUAGAAGCAAGGGAGUGGGUUGACAAGUCCUUAACCUUUGACAAAGAUAAAGAUGUCAACUUAUUUGAGAUCACAAUCCGAGCACUGGGUGGACUUCUCUCUGCCUAUCACCUAACAAAUGAUGACGUCUUUAAAGAGAAAGCAAGAGACCUAGGGAAUCGGCUUCUGCCAUGCUUUAAAUCUCCAUCAAAUGUUCCAUUCUCUGACGUGAACUUAAGGACCGGCCAUGCCCAUCCCCCGAGGUGGGGCCCAGACAGCAGUACAUCAGAGGUCACAACCAUUCAGCUGGAGUUCCGAGAUCUCAGCAGGGUCACCAAUGACGACCGAUACGAGCAUGCAGUUAACGUAGUUUCUGAGCACGUUCACAACCUACCAAAGAAAGACGGAUUGGUGCCAAUAUUCAUAAAUGCCAAUACAGGAUCCUUCCGAAGUUCAGCCACCAUAACUUUUGGUGCUCGGGGAGACAGUUAUUAUGAGUAUCUGCUGAAACAGUGGAUACAGACAGGGAAAAAGAAGGAGUAUUUGAAACAGGACUAUAUGGCUGCAAUAGAAGGCAUUAAGACUCAUUUACUGAAAGAGUCGGAGCCGAGUAAGCUUCUGUACAUUGGAGAGCUCCUCGGAGGAAGAUCUUUUAGUCCCAAAAUGGAUCAUCUUGUAUGUUUUAUGCCUGGCACUAUGGCUUUGGGCUAUCAGAAUGGCCUGCCAAAAGAUCAUAUGGAAAUUGCUACUAGAUUGACCAGAACUUGUUAUGAAAUGUACAACAAGAUGCCUACCAAACUCAGUCCAGAAAUUGUCUACUUCAAUCAAGCUCCAGGAUCCAGUGAUGAUCUCAUUGUAAAACCUUUGGAUUCCCACAACCUGCUUCGGCCAGAGACUGUGGAGAGCUUGUUCUACAUGUAUCGCUUCACCAAGGACAAAAAGUACAGAGAAUGGGGCUGGCAAAUCUUCAGGGCUUUUAUGAAAUACACAAAAAUAGACGGUGGAUUCUCUUCUAUCAAUAAUGUGAAAAGUCCAAGUAAUCCAGGGUUCAAAGACAAACUAGAGAGCUUUUUCCUGGCAGAGACUCUCAAAUAUUUAUUCCUGUUAUUUAGUGACGACCCCCAACUCAUUCCACUGGACAAGUACGUGUUUAAUAGCGAGGCUCAUCCACUGCCAAUUUACACCGAGUGAUCAGUGUGCGCUGUCUGUCAGUUAGUGUGUCAGUAUGUCAUAAUGUGGUUAGCGCGAGUGUCAGUACAUGGGUGUGUUCGUGUUUAGAUAUAUAUUGAUUUAUGUAUGAACAGAAUGAGUGUUUUAUAUGGCUUAGCCAAUGUGAUAUGCAAUGAGGACAUAAUUAAGUUACCCUGAAUUUGCUCACUAUGAUUACAAGUAGAAAUGUUUCAACAAUGAUUGCCAAUUUGUUCAGUGUAUCAUUUAGAUUUGUUCAUUUGUUUAUGAAUUUUGUUGUAAAUCUUCUUUAGUUCUAUAUAUUAUUACUUUCAAUUGGAUGGAUUUUUUUUAACAAGUGUUUUGUAUUGCUAAUAUUUUGUUUUUGUAAAAACACAGAGAAGUUAUUACAAUUUUAUAUAAUACAGUUGCAUGUUUUCCAUCUUUGCUAGUCAAGUGGCAGAUUCAUAAUUUUCAUCUCAAGAGAAAAGAAUAACGAACCAGACACUUGGUUUAUAAGCAAAGAUGCAUGUUUUCAUACUUGUGAAAAAAUAUAUACAUGUAAAACAUCAACUAUUACCUCUAAGAGUUAUUUUUCUACAAAAUGUAACUUUAGGACAGCAUUGUAGUGAUGGUCUGCUUGGUAUGGCCCACUAGAGUUCUGUGAUACAGCUUGAGGAGUUGUUUACCUGUGUAUAAAAUUGUUGUCUUAUACAUUUAUUCCUGCAAUAGGACAGUUGUGUAACAAACGAUACAAACAGUCAAGAUUUCUGUGUGUAUGUGUGUGUGUGUGAAUGUGAUAUGUGCAAUGGAGUUCAGUACAUGUAUAACAAAACAGCAUUAAACUAAUCAUCAUGCUUUAUGUACAGUAGAUUUGAACGUUCUGUUAUCCCUCCCCCCUUCCCCUCUAUUUAUGAUCUAAUACAAGUUCUUCACAUUCCUAGUCAGCUCUCUGUGGCGGUUGUUGGUGUAUGGGUAUAUAAUUCAGCAUCCUUUCUACACUAAAGGUCUCCCUCAUUCUACUGUUCACGUUUUUGUUAGUUUUAUACAUGUAUUUAUAUACAUGACCUUAUGUUUGUGUAGUGACAUGCAUGUGUAAUGUCAAUGCCUUUUAAGUUGUCUUAAUUUAAAGUUACUAGAAAAGUUAAAACCAAGAUAUAUUCACUCACAUACCUACAUAUCUGUUUAAGCUUCUGCAUUGGACCAGACUCAUGCAACAGCUAAAAAAGUUGCAUGUUUACAAAUGGGCAUCUUCAUUGUGGAUUACAAGUAUUUAUCACAUUUAAAAAAGUGCACUGCAAUCAUAUGUGUGUCCAGUUUUCACUUGUUCUCUGUUAAUUAUUUCAUAUUGACUAAGUCUCUGAAUCAACUACUCACCAUAGUAUAUUUCAUUUACAGUGUACUAGUAGUUAAAUGAGUAAGAAGAGAAAUCCAUUUUUUUCUGAUUAAGAUACAUAAACUGACCAUGUGCAAAAUACACUGCAUAGUACGUGAUAUGAGCUCGAGUAUAAUCAGCGUCUCAUUGUUAACUAUAUAUUUGAAGAGAGCUACAUGUAUUUGUGUUCUUUCUGUUAGAAACAACCAGGUGUGCUUAUUUUUUACAGCUUACAUUGCAAUUACAUGCACAAUGUAUAUUUUAUAUCAACCUUCAUAUGACUAAAUGUAAUGUGUAUUUCUGGGUUGGUUUUUUUUUCAUUGCCAGACCAAACAAUUCUAUUUUGAAUAAAUAAAUGGUAUAAACACUUAUCAUUUGGCUGUCUCAAAGUUUGUUACAUAGUAAAGAAACGGGUGCUUUCAAAUUGAUUCAUUUAUAAGUGGAAACAAACUGUACAAAUACUAAAUCAUUCAUAAAAAAAAUAGUUGUUUUCAUAGCAUAAUAUUUCAAUUAUUUUAUAUAACAUACAUUGUAAGUUUUAUGUUUACACAAUUCAUUAAGACAUUUAUUACAAGCAUAAAUUCUCUGCAAGUUACAACUACCGGUAGUAUUUCGUUUAACUUACUAGUGCAUGUUAAAUUAUUGUCAUAUUUUAGAUCAUUUGUGAAAAAGUGAGUACAUUAGUCUUAAGAUUUUAAAAAUGUUGUAUUAAUUAACAAAUGAAGUUUGUGAGGAACAACAGUAUUCAUCAUAGUUAUUUAACUAUCAUUAAAAAUGUGAUAAAGUCAAAACAAUU